AUGUUUUUCAGAAAUCAAAAUUUUGUUGUACAUCAGAGACAUCACACUGGGGAAAAGCCAUAUUCCUGUCCCGAGUGUGGGAAAUGUUUUUCAGGCAAGUCUAGUCUUUACAGACAUCAGAGAUCUCACACGGGGGAGAAGCCACUUUCCUGUCCUGAGUGUGGGAAAUGUUUUUUAUACAAAACAGGACUUGUUAUACAUCAUCAGAGAUGUCACACGGGGGAAAAGCCGUAUUCCUGCCCUGAGUGCGGGAAAUGUUUUUCAACUAAGUCCAGUCUUUAUAAUCAUCAGAGAUUGCACAAGGGAAAGAAGCCAUAUUCCUGUUCUGAGUGCGAGAAAUGUUUUGCACAAAAAUCAAAACUUGUUGUACAUCAGAGAAGUCACACGGGGGAAAAGCCAUAUUUCUGUCCUGAGUGUGGGAAAUGUUUUUCAGACAAGUCCCAUCUUUACAAACAUCAGAGAUCUCACAUGAGGAAGAAGCCACUUUCCUGUCCUGAAGUGCGGGAAAUGUUUUUCAAAAAAUCCCAUCUUUAUAGACAUCAGAGAUCUCACACAGGGGGAGAAGCCGUAUUUCUGUCCUGA